UAAAGCAAACCGAAUUGUUUACAUUUCGCUCAAAUGAUAAGGUGAAUUUUAUUUUUAGUUCAUGAUAAAAGUUAAAGUUUGAAAACUUAUUGCAGCUUUCGCGUUCAACUCGUAUCAACAUCAACCUCGUUUGGUUGUGUAAGAAAAAUCACUACGAACUCAGAUAAGUCUUCCUUCUCGUGAAAUUAAUUCACUAUUUUCUAAUCAAAAUGGGUAAACGUUACUUUUGUGAUUACUGUGACCGAUCCUUCGUGGACGAAAUCCAAGCUCGUAAAAAACAUCUGAACGGAACUGCUCACGUGAGAAAUCGCCAAAUCCACUACAUGUCGUGUAGAGAUCUGAAAACAUUAAUCGAAGAAGAAACCGUCAAAGAAGAAUGCUUCAAGUUUAAAAGAACUGGCCAAUGCCCGUUUGAGGAAAACUGUUACCGAAGUCAUUACUCACGCGAGCAAUUACAGUCUUUCAAGCAACAACUAGCAGAACAAGAACUACAGAAAAAGCUCCGAGACUUGUCUGAAAUAAAAUCCAUCGAUUCGUGGUUAGAUAAACGUAACACUGUGGAUAUUGGGACCGGCCAAGACCCCGAUGAUAGUCAUACAACGCCAUAUGUACCUUUAGAAUCGAAUUUCUACAACUCACUGCCACCUUCGUUACGUCGCUUAGAUUUCACCACCUUCGUAGACUUGGAGAUACCAGAAUGGGGUUAAUAUUUUGUGUGUAUCGUACCAUCAUGGUUAAGGAAUUGCUCAACGACGACGACGCGGUGUCGCCAUUACCCCUUUUAAUAAAUCAAGCACCAAUUUUUGUCGACUUGGUUGAAACUGUGUUCAGAUGAAGAAAGCGUUAGCUGCGAUAUGAGUCAAUAAGCUAUUUUUACGUUGAACCACAUAAUACUGUACGAUUAAAUUUAAAAAUCCGUCGAGAUCCAAGGGUCAUAAAAUUUAUCGUGAAAUAUUUUUAUCUAAUCCGUGUAAAAAAAAAUGUGCUACGCGAUGUGCACGAUGGUAUUUUUAAUUCGUUAUCUCGGUUAACGAGAACAUUCCCGAGUUUAUUUUAUUCAUCUCUCGAUUACCUUUACUACAUGAAAGACUUAGGGCCAUUUGUACGCAUCGUUCCCUUAUCGAUUAGCGAAUAUGGUUAACUAACACAUUUUUUAAUUGCUCAAUUUUUUAUUUGGUCCGUUAACGAACGGUUAAUUGAUAGUAACUGUGAGAUGGUAUUUAUUUAUGUAUGUGAAAUCGUUUUAUUCUCGCCCACUCCCUGAAUUUUUCACUCUUCGAUGUUCGAUAAUGGCCCCUAAUUUUUAUUUUUUAUAUCAUCGUUAAUUUUUUCUUUGUUUUUUCAAUACUUUUUAAAAUUUACUUACGUACUAAUAAAUACAAUUUGUUUAAAAA